CCCUUGCAACUUGGAAUUCUCCUCCCCUUUUCGAAGAAAUCUUACCUCCAGUAUCCCUGCAGAAUCCCGAGAAAAAAUACCAAAAGCUUAUUGCCACUCUUCCUAAAGAAAAUAGCUCGACACCCUUCCAGCCUGUUUACUGAUACCAAGGAUUUUUGUUCUUCCCUGUCUUCUUAGAAGGAGUCAUGUAUAUUCAAGAUCACUUCCAGGCUCAAUCUACCGAUAUUCCCCUCUGCAGCUCAGUGAAAACCGGCAUUGCUUGGCUCAAGGCCUUGAGUUUCUCUAUUGCAACCAGAACCCAAUUCAACAAUUCUAUCAGCCCUCUCCAAACCAAAAUUGCGCACCAGUGCAUUCCUUUCGUGGACCAUGGAGAAGAUCCGAAGGACAACUUUGUUUCUCUAUCGCACUUCGUGCGAAAGGCUGCACGAAAUAAUAUCAAAGAGCUCAAGGAGGGAGACCUCGUAUCAGUGGAAGAGGCCGUUGAAUUGUAUUGCAAAGGAAUCUCUUUCUACGGACCAAUAGGGAACAUGUCUUGGGGUACCGGAACGCGAGCUUGGAACAUCCUGACGAGAUAUUGUUCCUUAAAUAUGAAGACAUGAUGAAGGAGAGUGAAUCAUACGCAAAGA